GACGUACUCCUAUUCAAGCUCUUAUAGAUGAACUUAAAGAAGGCAAUUUUACGUAUGAAUAUGAAUGUGACAAUAUGGGUGAAGAAAGAAUAGAUUAUCAAUGGGCUCUAACUCAUGUUGCUCGUUUAUUUGAUGGAAUAUCAAGACCUAGUGUUAUUGUAACGGAUAGAGAACUGGCUCUUAUGAAUGCAUUUGAGAUAAUCUUUUCAGAUUCGGCAAAUUUACUGUGUUUGUGGCAUAUCAACAAAAAUAUUCUAAAAAAUUGUAAACCACAAUUUUUGAAAAAAACAGAAAAUGAGGAAAGUGAUGAAUGGCAAUUAUUUCUUGCAAAGUGGAAUGAUAUA